AUGUCCUACCAAAAAUCAAAACUAGAUAUAGCACAGCAUGAGCCAAUAUAUAAACGUUCUAAACAGAAUCAUGUUGCUCAGAAAAGAAUUGACUGUGUUAAAGAAAAUAAACGAGAUUUUGUAAAAAUAUUCUCUGAUGAACUUAACCUUCAUGUUUUUAAGUAUUUGUCAGCUGCUGAUUUAAGUAUUUGCGCACUAGUUUCUCGGCAAUGGUGGAGAUUGACAAACGAUCGUCAAUUAUGGAAAGAUCUUUUCCUAUCACGUUUUAAAGCUCCAAAACGUCCCAAUCUUACAUAUCGCCUUGAAAGUCUUCAAAUGAUCCCAUCACAAAUUAAUGGCUUUCCUAAAUCCCAGAUGUUACCAGAUGAGACAUGCACUAAUAAGGCAGAUGAGGAAGAUUGGAAAAAUAUAUAUCGAGUCAGCCACAAUUGGCAAACGGGAAAUUGUCGUGUGAUUGAUUUCAAACCUUACGUUAAUUUGAACAAAGAUCGAAAACAAGAUGUUUUCUCAUCAUCAUCUUCAGUUUCGCAUGAAGAAUCGCUAGAGACGCGGGAUAUCCCUUCACCUAUUAAUUUCUUUACACGAUUUCAUUCAAGUCCUCCCGUUAAUACUAAUUCUAAUCCUCUUGUCCAGUUUACCAGGCAUGUUAUUUUAACCGCUUCUUUUUCUGGUAUUAAUGAUAUUAAUAGUAUACCUGAAGUACAUCUUUGGCGUGUUGGGAAACAGAAUGAACAUAUAGAUACUCUGCGCAGUGAAGUUUUGCAUAAAGAGAUCAAAAUACAGAAGUCUAAAUUCCCAAUUACCAUUACUUGUUUGAAGUUAGAUAGUAAUGAAGGGAAAGAUGACACAGAAACACAUAAAUUAGUAGCUGGAUAUUCAAGUGGAGGUUUUACUAUCUGGGAGAUUGAUUCAUUAGAAAGGUCAAAUAAUGACAUAGGAAAAUGGAGGCACCGGGAAAUCUAUACUUUGCCAACGAUGUCUUCGCAUAGAUUGCCUUAUACACGAAGUCCACUUAUUGCAUGUGCAUUACAUUUCCCAGUUUUAGUUACAUGUACUGAAGAUUUUGAGUUGUCAAUAUACUUUAUUGAUUAUAAGUCAGAAGUUAAUACUCUAUUAAGUUCCGAUGAAAAAUCGAUUGGACGAGUCGAGUGUAGACUUGUUCAUCAACUAAGAAGUUUUGUUUGCUGGACACCAGUAGAAAUAUCUGUAGAGUGCAUUACAACAGAUUCUACGCAAUGUACUUCAAUGAAUUAUGAGCCUCAAGAUUCUUGGAAAGCAAUAGUUGCUUAUUCGGCUCCAUUAUAUGGUGGUGGUUGGACAGUGGGUAUUCAGGAAAUAAAAUUUUCAGCUACACGGUUGAUAUCAACACGUCAUUGUUCAUCUUUACCAUCCUUUAUCCCUAUUCUUUCAGAAAAUAAUUUCACUGAUAAUAUAGAGCAAUUUUCAUUUGCUCCAAUUACGACUAUCACGUAUAAUAGUGGUCAAUUAGUUACAGCACACUGCGAUAACACUUUACAAGUUUAUUACGUUCUAGAACAAGGAACAAAAUUAGAAUGUAAACAUAAAUGUACACUAUAUGGACAUACAGGAAGUGUUAUGAGUGUUGCUCUGGAUGAACAUGGUAAGUUAAUAACCGGUUCUAUGGAUCAUUCAAUUAAGAUAUGGGAUUUAGGAUGGAAUUUAGUGAAAAAUAAUGAACGUCGAAGAAGUAAAGAUUAUGAUAAUGAUGCAAAAGAUAUAAAUUAUCACCAUAGUCUUUAUCGAGAUACUGAAUUUUCAACAGUUGGAAUAACAGCAAAAAGAAAGAAACAUGGUGAAUGUAUUGUGACUUUAAAUGAUUCUUCAAAUAAUAUAAGAGAAUUUGAAAAGUAUAAUUUAGGGAUUAAAUGGGUCGGAUUUGACGAGGGAAGAAUUGUUAGUGUUUGUGGCGGUACUAAUUUAAAGAACAAUUUACAAAGCAAUAUUAAAAAUAAUGGUUCCAGAAAGGGGCCAAUAGGUCCUCCACCAGGAUGGGUAGGUUUAUCAUCAACUGAAACAAAAGUUGAUUCUCAAUUAAAUUGUAUGGAAGAUAUAGGAAUAGUUAAGGUCUGGUCAUUUUGUGAUGAAUGA